CACACACACACACACACACACACACACACAUACACGCGACAACCUGUGGCCUCUUGACUUACUCGCGCGCGCGCGCACACACACGCACACACACCCCAAACCAAAAACAACUGAAAACAAAAAUUCCUCUAGUGGAGUAGGUCCCCUCCUCCUCCCCACUCCCAGUGCGGUCAGGUCUCCAGGAAAGCUUUGACUGACCAGGAGCGCACUCGGGGUGCACAAAGGGUUAACAAGAGUUAGCCUUGGGUGGAGAGGCGGGGACGAGUUCUCAUUGGUGGAAAGUUAUCGGGGGUGUGGCCUAGGAGUCUCCACACCCCACCUCCUUUCCGUAAGCCGCCCCCCCACCCCCACUUUGUACCUUUCUCGCCCGACAGAGAAGCGGGCCGGGACCAGCCGGGCCAGACCAGACGGACCCCAGGGGCGAUGCGGCUGCUGCCCCUGCUGCCGACUGUCCUCUGGGCCGCGCUCCUCGGCUCGCGUCUGCGGGGGUGCACCAGCCUCCGCCACCCUGUCUACUGGAACUCCUCUAACCCCAGGCUGCUUCGAGGAGAUGCUGUGGUGGAGCUGGGCCUCAACGAUUACCUAGACAUCUUCUGCCCACACUAUGAAAGCCCAGGGCCCCCUGAGGGCCCUGAGACCUUUGCUUUAUACAUGGUAGAUUGGUCAGGCUACAAGGCCUGCCAGGCAGAGGGGGCGAAUGCCUUCCAGCGCUGGAAGUGCUCAUUGCCCUUUGCUCCCUUUGGCCCUGUUCGAUUCUCAGAAAAGAUUCAGCGCUUCACACCCUUUUCCCUGGGCUUUGAGUUCUUGCCUGGAGAGACUUACUACUAUAUCUCGGUGCCAACUCCAGAGAGUUCUGGCCAGUGCUUGAGACUCCAGGUGGCUGUGUGCUGCAAGGAGAGCAGAUCUGAGUCAGCUCAUCCUGUUGGGAGCCCUGGAGAGAGUGGUACAUCUGGGUGGCAUGGGGGGCAUGCUCCCAGCCCCUUCUGUCUCUUGCUGCUGCUGCUGCUCCCAAUACUACGUCUCCUGCGAGUUCUGUGAGUCAGAUAGACCCUCCCUGUCACCCUGAGGAGCCAGAGCCUUUCCCAAAGUCUCUUGUUGGAAGGAUCCCUGACACCUGUACUGGGGAUGGAUGCCAAACCAGGCAGACAAGAUGGAGUUUUGAUGAGCAAAGUCAGAGGAUCUGAGAUGACCCUUGCAGGUGACUGCUCCUCACCACAGACUGAAGAACUACAAGGGAGCUGCAGACAGUCCUGUGUACCUGGAGAUGGGCCUGAUGAACCUAGGGGCUUUGUCAGCUGCUUCGAUGAUCUCAUCUCCUCCCCCUUGAAGACUGGGAUUUGGUGGGAUCAAAUCCUUGAGCCACUAGGGGCCCAGGCUGAAGACCUGGCAAAAGGUGGUUUGCUGGCCGACAGCAAAGGAGAAGCUCUGUCAUCUGUGCCCCAUGGGUCUCUUCCCAGGGGCAACAUCUUACCCUCCCCAAGGGGCCACUCACUUGUCUUCUGUGAAGACGGACUUGCCAUGAGGUUGAAUUUCAUGCUGGUUUGUAUUUUUGUAAGUGUUUGGACCAAACCUUCAAUAAACCACCCACUGAAGCUGGGUGUGGUGGCUCAUGCCUAUAAUCCCAGCACUUGGGAGGUAGAGGCAGGAGGCUAGCCUGGGUUACAUGAGACCCUGACUCAAAAAACAAUUAUUUUUUUAGAAUUUGGUCUAGUUGAAAUGGUUCAAUAGGUAAAUGCUUUUGCCAUACAACCCUGAUGACCAGAGUUCAGUUCCUGAAACCCACAUGUGGAAGGAGAAAACAGGCUGGAAAGUUGUCCUUUGCCCUCCACAUAGGGGCAUGAGUGUACACAUACACACAUGCACUCACACACACAUUAAUAAUAAAAUUUGUUUUGAAAAACA